AUGACGCCCAAAGAAUCAACGCGAAUCGCACCGGCCAUCCGUCUCAAUCAGGAUGGACCAGGGGACAAAUCUCUCGCAGAGUGGUGGGCCAGUGAACAGAGUCAGAACACGCCAGAGGCAGCGGCCAUUGCGGAAGCUGCGCAGCUUCUGCAGACGACCGAUAUACCCGUUGCAUUUCCCACAGAGACAGUGUACGGUUUAGGCGCGGAUGCGACGCGGAGCGAUGCGGUACAGGGAAUAUACAAGGCGAAGCAGAGGCCGUCGGAUAACCCGCUUAUUGUGCACAUUGACUCGCUGGAGAUGCUAGAUCGACUACUCAACCCGGCGAUCGACUCUCCGCGCGGUGGAAAGACGACAAGGAACUCUGUUCCCUCGAUCUAUGAGCCCUUGAUUGAGCGCUUCUGGCCAGGCCCGUUGACUAUUCUCCUCCCGAACCCCUCGGGAUCUUGUCUUGCGCCUGAGGUUACUUCGAAUCUUACGACGUUUGGCGUCCGCAUGCCCUCUUCGCCUCUGGCUCGGCUAUUGAUUCAUGUUGCGGACCGGCCGUUGGCGGCGCCUUCGGCGAAUGCGUCUACGAAGCCGUCGCCUACUGCAGCGGAGCACGUACACCAUGAUCUCAAGGGCCGUAUUGAGCUGAUUCUCGAUGGAGGACCGUGCGGAGUCGGUGUUGAGAGCACAGUCGUGGAUGGGCUGUCCCAUCCGCCAAGCAUCCUGAGACCCGGUGGUGUCUCGAUCGAGGAAAUACAAACGUGCCCUGGGUGGGAAACCGUACAACUUGGGUACCAUGAUGGAACAUAUGAUGUCAAAGAGAUUCCUCGCGCGCCGGGCAUGAAAUAUCGCCACUAUUCUCCCAAGGCAAGAGUUGUCCUAUUCGAAUACGGGUCAGGGCCGCAGGCCGUGGUGAAGCAUAUCAAGCGCGACUUAGAAGAUACAGCCGUCGGCGCACAUUCUAUCGGUAUCGUGCGAACGCGGACAUGGCAGCGUGGUCUGCAGCUCUUACCAGUGGAUGAACUCGACACCAAGUCCAGACCCGUCCCGUCACUCGUGGACAGCCUUAUCGAGUUCUCCGUCCCCGUCGGCGGCAAGACCAAGGAGGUCUUCGACUGCCAUCUGGGCUCAGAAAUCAAAGACGUCGCACGGAACCUGUUCGCCUCUCUACGGGCAAUGGAUGAAAAGGAGGUAGAUGUGAUUUAUGUCGAGGGCGUGACAGACCACGAGUUUCUAUCUGCAGCCGUUAUGAAUCGGCUAAGGAAGGCUGCUGGGUCAACUUUCAAGGUUUAG